GGAGGUUGGUACACAUUGUAAUCUACGAUCUAACUGAUCAGUCCACUACUGUCCAAUCCAGGUUUACCGAGUUGAUUUAGGUUAAAUUACGGGAAAAUAGAAUGGCUGAAGAGGCUGCAGUCGAGAAUUUAGCAAUUUCAAGAUUCUUUUGCCACAAAUGCAAUUUAGAAAUAAACCGUGUGCAACAGGACUACACGUGCCCGACGUGUCAGAGCGGGUUUAUUGAAGUUCUAGAGAAUCAGCCAGAGCCCACUGAAGAGAGCGACAGCGACAUGGAGGUCGUCCAGCCAUUUGAUCAGCUGCUGAAUGACAUGCUGAUGGGGCUCAGUGGCAGUCCAGGAGGUAACCGAAGGGGCAAUCGAGGCAAUCGGAGUAGGGGCGAGCGCCGGAGGGGUGGAAGGGGGAGGCCGGUGGUUCCGUUUGAGAACCUCAUCCAGGACUUCAUUGUCAACCUGACAGAGGUUGGUCUCGGGGGGCUAGGCGUUACGCCAAGACCUAACGGCCCUGUGAACCCUUUGGAUUUCCUUGCUCCCAAUGUCACUAACCUGACCCCUCCUGCAAUCAUCCACGCAGUCUUCAGUGCAGACACGGGGGUGUUUCUGGGAAACCCCGGGGACUACGCAUGGGGCCGGGAGGGUCUUGAUGCUAUCGUUACUCAACUACUUAACCAGAUGGAUGGAAAUGGUCCUCCACCUCUCGCUCAGGACAAGAUACAAGAGAUACCCACCGCAGCCAUAACACAGGACCAAGUGGACUCAAAUCUGCAGUGCAGUGUAUGCUGGGAGGACUUCAAGGUUAGCGAACCGGUGCGCAAACUGAUCUGUGAACACGUCUAUCACGAGCCCUGCAUCAUCCCCUGGCUGGAACUGCAUGGAACUUGCCCUAUUUGCCGUAUGACACUGAGUGAGGAGGGGAGGUCCAGUGACAACGGCAGUACCAUGUUUGGUGCUCAGAGUGUGGGUCCUAGCCUGGCAGCUCUCUUCAGGGCGGCGAAUGACAGUGCUAGCAGCCGAGCCUCUUCUACUUCCUCCAGCGACACAAGUAUCUCGGGAAAUAGUUUUAAUUCAAACAACAUGGACCUGGACUACGAUUAGAGAAGGAUGACGCAGCCCUACUACUUACGACAUAAACAAAUUAACAGUGUUAUAAUUAAUGUACAGAAUGUUGUUGAAAUUUAUUUUUGCUCCUCUUGUUGCACACAUCUCUGUUUUAUCUUUACAUCUUUUGUGUAAAAAGAAGAUAAAAAGUAUUUUAUUCCUGAAAAGUUUUAUAUUUAGCCGGUGUUCGACCAAGUGCUAGUCCAGUUUUAUUUGUGAAUAAAGUGUAAAGGCAUUAGUGAUGUAAGAGCCGAUCACUAGGAUAAGGGGUAAGAGCCCAUUAGUGAUCACUAGGAUAAGAAGAGUAAAAUUCACCACAGAUCUUGGGAUUGCUAGAUUCGUGACUGCUCCCGGUGCGAAGGACAGUUCCAUUGCUCUGCGUCAUUAUGUUCUGUGUUGUACUAAAAUGUAACAAUAAAACGGUUUCCUCCAAUAAGUAAGUGGCUAGACGUUUUCUUGACAGAAUUACACGUUAGGUCACUGGUUAGAGUAGACAUAAUAAUAUAACACUGUGUUAGGUGUAAUCAGUUAGGUAGUACAGCCACCAAAUUUCUUCAGGGGGGGCGGGAGGGGGAGGAGAGGACAGGACAGGUAGCAAACACGGAUGUGAUAUAGAACAAAUCGUCGUAGAAUCAAACUGAUCAUUGCCGUAGUAAUUAUCUUAUGUAUAAAGACCGCCAAAAAAUACUUGUUAAAGGUGGGCUCAAAAGCCACACAAUUAGUCAUAUCAUUACUCUUCAGCUUUAUUUAUCGUCUUAAAUAUGUCACUGUGGACCAGUGUUGUUUAAAAAAGUUAAUUUAUACAAGGAUUGCCAAUUUGUUGAACCUGUAAGGUUAAUAGUUUGUUUUAUUUUUUUAAUGUUUUUUUUUAUUAAACAUAAUAAUAUACGGUUAUACAGAUGUUAGUGAGCAUAAUAAUACUUAAAGUCGAUAAAAAUGUUUGAAGGGGUAAACGUUGUUGAGGUUUAAGAAUUUGUCUUUGAAUUUAAAUUAUUUUCAUAUGUAACAUAAUAAAAUACUCACAAACUCAAAGGUAUAUUACUGUUUAAAGUAGAAGUAAGUAUAAAAAUAAGUAAUUCAUGAUGGGUUGCCUCCUGAAACCCAUUUGUAAUUUACUUAUAAAUACCAUAUUACAAAUUGGUUGAACCAAAUAAAAAAAGAUGUUUGUAAUUAAUUUUUAUUUAUUCAUGCUAUGUAAAAAAUUGUUUUAAAUCGAUGGUAGAAAUAUACUAUUUAUGCCCUUU